AUGCUUCCAUCAAAUUUAUGUCAAUUAAAUACUUUCAACUAUUCUGGAAAAGAAUUUUGUAAGCUUUCGCCCGUAGUGUCUCUACAUGCUGUUCAUGCUAUUUUCGACAGCGAUGCUGUCAUCUUCAGAACGAUUCGAUCUACACUGAAGCAAUUGUUCAGUGUUCGUCAAUUGUUAAGUGCGAACUUAAAAAGACGACAGCAGAAAUGUUCACGCUUUGCUCCUGUGAUGGAUUGGAAUCAAAGGAAAAAGUGGGUCAUUGCUUUGAACAAGUCCAAAGCUCCACCUUUAAGGAAAACUUCACUCACUAUAUUUAAAGUCACUUAA